AUGGAAAAGAUCAGUGGGUUUUCUGAUGAUGAUUUGCUCGUGAAGAUCUUAUCGUUUCUUCCAACCAAAGAUGCGGCAAGCACAAGCAUUUUGUCGAAGCAAUGGAAGUUUCUUUGGAUGCGGGUGCCAAAACUUGAGUUCGAUGAAAAAAGCAUGUAUCCUGAUGAAUUCUACUAUAAAUAUACCUUCUUAGAAGAUGAGGAUCACAGAAGAAACUAUUUUACCGAGUUGGGAAAAAGCCAUAUGAUGCGGCGUUUUAUUGACAGGAAUCUGCCAUCACAUAGAUCUCCCGUCAUCGAGAGCUUGCAUCUCAAGCUUUUCACUGAUGCAUUUCAACCUGAAGAUAUCAAACUGUGGGUUGAAAUUGCAAUCUCUCGUUGCCUUGAGGAGCUGAGCGUUACUUUUAUUCGUUUCGGGGGAAUACCUAUUGCAGUACCCAUGCCGAGUAGCUUGUAUACUUGCAAAUCACUUGUGACGUUGAAACUUAAUAGGCGCAUUCUCGUGGAUGUUCCUCAUACUUGUUGCCUCCCCUCCUUAAAAGCUUUGCACCUUCGACGUGUGAUAUACGCAGAUGAAGAAUCUCUUCAACGGCUUUUAUCUAAUUCCUCUGUUUUGGAAGAUCUUUUUCUGGAACGAUCUCCCGGUGACAAUGUGAGAAAGUUUGCUGUUAUCAUCCCGUCAUUGCUUAGUUUAUGCAUUGUGAUGUCUGAGGAGUGUACUUCUGAUGGGUAUAUCAUAGAUACUCCUUCUUUGAAGUGUUUCAAAGCUUUUGAUUAUAGUGAUACUACUUCCACAUGUUUUCUAGUGAAGAAUAUGCCUAAGCUGGAGGAGGCACAAGUAUGGGCUGGUCAAAAUAGCAAGAGGCUUCUCCAACCUGUCACAUCUGUCAAGCGUCUUUCAUUGUGGGUAGGAAACAACGACAUUGCAGAGGUGGUUGUAUAUGGUGAUGAUAUUGUCUUUAAUAAGCUUGAGCAUCUGCAUUUUCGUACAUAUAAGAGAUUUUGGUCCAAGUUACUAUUCCAGUUGCUCAAUGCUUCUCCCAAACUACAACACUUCACUUUCAGUGAUCAUCUUACUAAAGAUGGUACUAUGGGUGCACCGGUUUGCUGGAAGCAACUGAAUAGUGUUCCUCAAUGUUUGUUGUCGAGUCUCCAGACUUUCAAGUGGUUAGGUUUACAUAGAUCCGUAGAAGGGAAAGAUCUGGCGACAUAUAUCUUGAGAAAUUCUUGCUUACUGAAGACUGCAACAAUCUCGCUCGGACGACAACCACAAAGGGAUCAUGAGUUGGAGACGGAGGUGAAAUUUUGUUUACGUGGUUCACCCACAUGCAACCUCGUAUUCAAUGAUUACUGGCGCUGUCGUGAAAUACAUCUUUGA